AUGGCUUCCGGAAAUGAAUUGAUCAGCCAAAGCUACGGCAACGUUCUACAAACAACAACGCCGUCAGAUAGGCGGAACCAAAUCUCCAAUGAAUGUUACGUAAGGCGUAUGAUCGUGUUGGUUUUACUACUUCUACACAACACCCGAGAAGAUCGUAUUACUACCGUCAAGGAUGGAGCUGAGCAUUCGGUAAAUACAGUGACGGCCACACUGCCCAAAACUCGACAUUUACCCAUGGGUCAUAGAGUGCCUAAGAUGACUCUGGUACCUGGUCUCAUGGCUCCAACACGGCUUGCACAAGCUUCGCAGCGAAAGUCGGCAAAUGGAAAAGCAACAACUCCAUUCAAACAAGAUCGGCUACCAUUAGUAAAGCGGGUGCAUACGAAUCAAGUUCUGACGAAACUACAAGGCUUCAAGAGACGAGACUGGCCCAAGUUGAAGCGACUGAGUCGAGUUAUUCAUCGCACUUCAAGGCGAGUUUUGCUCUUCCGUGCACAGCUGUCGGUAUUACAAUCCGAGCUCGAAGAUCGGACAUCAUCUGGAAACAGUUCGAUCAAGACAACCAUGUGCAAGCAAAAGCCCACAGAGCUGGAAUUUAUCCCAGACCGCUUAUACCAAGUUGGAUUGUUUUUUAUCCAGCACUAUCUCCAAAAGUGGAAUGCAAGGUCGGUUGAUGGAAAGCUGGGAGACAUUCCGGAGCUGGCUGCAUUGUUAAUCGACUGA